ACAUCUUUGCGCUCCAGGAAGCUGAACUCUUGCAGCAGCACCUCUUCCCAAUAGGGGGUGGCAGCAUCUCAGUAACUCACUCCUCGAAGACGUGUAGGUGGGAGGAGAGAUUCGCGUUCACAAUCUUUUUGACUCUACCCGCUCCCCGUAGCGCCUUAGCCCGCUCGAGUUUCAAUGCGCGUUGUUGCUUAACGAAGCUGAGUCCUACACUCCGCCUGCUGCUCUGCCGGUCAUGGCUUCUCCGAGUUCCUUCACCUACUAUUGCCCGCCAUCUUCCUCCCCUGUCUGGUCAGAGCCGCUGUACAGUCUGAGGCCGGAGCACGCGCGGGAGCGGUUGCAAGACGACUCGGUGGAAACAGUCACGUCCAUAGAACAGGCAAAAGUAGAAGAAAAGAUCCAGGAGGUCUUCAGUUCUUACAAGUUCAACCACCUUGUACCAAGGCUUAUUUUACAGAGGGAGAAGCACUUCCAUUAUCUGAAAAGGGGCCUUCGACAACUGACAGACGCCUAUGAGUGUCUGGACGCCAGCCGCCCCUGGCUCUGCUACUGGAUCCUACACAGCUUGGAGUUGCUGGAUGAGCCCAUCCCCCAGAUAGUGGCCACAGAUGUGUGUCAGUUCCUGGAGCUGUGCCAAAGCCCAGAAGGUGGCUUUGGAGGGGGCCCUGGUCAGUACCCACACCUGGCCCCCACGUACGCAGCAGUCAAUGCGCUGUGCAUCAUUGGCACCGAGGAGGCCUACGAUGUCAUUAACAGAGAGAAGCUUCUUCAAUAUUUGUACUCGCUGAAGCAACCCGAUGGCUCUUUUCUCAUGCAUGUUGGAGGUGAGGUGGACGUGAGAAGCGCAUACUGUGCCACCUCGGUCGCCUCUCUGACCAACAUCAUCACUCCGGACCUCUUUGAGGGCACUGCCGAGUGGAUAGCAAGGUGUCAGAACUGGGAAGGUGGCAUUGGUGGGGUGCCAGGGAUGGAAGCACACGGUGGCUAUACUUUCUGUGGCCUGGCCGCGCUGGUAAUCCUCAAGAAGGAACGUUCCUUGAACUUGAAGAGCUUGUUACAAUGGGUGACGAGCCGGCAGAUGCGAUUUGAAGGAGGAUUUCAGGGCCGCUGCAACAAGCUGGUGGACGGCUGCUACUCCUUCUGGCAGGCGGGGCUCCUGCCCCUGCUCCACCGUGCACUGCACGCCCAAGGUGACCCUGCCCUCAGCAUGAGCCACUGGAUGUUUCAUCAGCAGGCCUUGCAGGAGUACAUCCUGAUGUGCUGCCAGUGCCCCGCCGGGGGGCUUCUGGAUAAGCCUGGCAAGUCGCGCGACUUCUACCACACCUGCUACUGCCUGAGCGGUCUGUCCAUAGCCCAGCACUUCGGGAGCGGAGCCAUGCUGCACGACGUGGUCCUGGGUGUGCCUGAAAACGCUCUGCAGCCCACUCACCCCGUGUACAACAUUGGACCAGACAAAGUGAUCCAGGCCACCACGUACUUUCUGCAGAAGCCAGUCCCAGGCUUCGAGGAGCAUGAGGAUGAGGCAACAGCAGAGCCUGCAACGGACUAGAGGACCCGGGUCCCCACGGCUCUGUGCUCACCCGUCUCCCCAGUCAGACAAAGUUUGUACGUUUCGAUACAUUCUGUGUUACACAAGCCUUAGCCACUAUGGAGCUGUGGUUCUCUUUGUCCUUUCUUGUACAACAAAACAACACCAAUGGCUCUAGGUUUGGAGAACACAGUGGUGUGGUUUUUAAAAUUCUUUCCACCUGUCAGACCAAAAAUCUAUCAGCCUGUGUGGCUGGGGAGCAGUGCAUGCUGGGAGGAAGCAGCCCCUCCCUGCCAGCAUCCAGCCUGGACAGUCUUGUUGCGAUGAGUGGUGUCUGAGUAUUACAGCACCCAGAGCCGCUGUGACUCCCACUUGCAUGCCACCAUUAAAUUGCCAGACAGGGUCCCUCCCAUGGGUGGAAAUAAGUCAUUCCAUGCCAAGGGUGGGAUUUGGGUCCCACCAAAGUGAGUUCUCCAGAAAAGACCAUGGUGGGGCUGCACCAGGUGGUGCCUCUCACCUCCCAGUCUGGUCAUCUG